ACAUUAGGAGCUGCAGGCUGGAGCAGAGCAGCUCAGGGAAAAAGCCUCACCAAGCUUUCAAAGCGGGACUGCUGGAAGUGACGCCGCGGGGCCGGAUGGAGCUUUAGGUGUCGCGCUUUUUGAUCCGAACACAACACCUCUGGCUGGACCAGAGGCCUGAACCAAGAUCUGCUCUGACAGACGAGGCUGAGCUCAUCUGGAGGGGACCGGUGCGGACUUGGAGGCGAGACUGGUGGAGAAUGGGGUGCUCGGCCAGUGUGGUCCUGCUGCUUCGCUCGGUGGGCGGAGCUGACUGUGGUCAGAUAUGUUCACAGCAGGACCAGACAUCAGCGGAAGCUGCAACUCCCACCCUGGAAGGUUACACCUCCACCAACUCACCUCUGACCAUCAUUAUAAUGCAGGAGAAGCCGAAGCAGAUCGAUCCUCUUGACUAUGAGGCUGUCAUCUCUGAACUGUGGGAUGAGCUGAAGGAGGACCCUCUCAGAGACCUGCUCCUUUUCCCCGACAAUGAUUUCUCGGUAUCCACGGUGCCUCAAGAGAGACGAACUCUCACGUCAACGGUCCCUGAGGGGGCAGAACUCCAGGCUGAGUGUCUGCUGGUCAGACAGGCCUGCAAAUAUUAUAACUCUGAACUAAACGUGGUUCAGUUCAAGUAUGAUGACUAUGCUGGAGACUAUCGCCUGCUGCCCAGAAAACUGUACAAAGCAGAGAAGCUGCCAUCCCAUUCUUUUGAGAUUGACUAUGAAGAUGUUGACAAAGAUGAGGACACCACUUCUCUGUCCUCAUCCAAAGGAGGAGGUGGUGGAGGAGGUGGAGGUGGGGGUAUCGGUGUGUUCCGGUCAGGCUGGCUUUAUAAAGGAAACUUCAACAGCACAGACAACAACAGCAUCACUGUCCGAUCUUUCAAGCGGAGGUAUUUUCAGCUUACUCAGCUGACGGAUAACUCCUACAUCAUGAACUUCUACAAGGAUGAAAAGAUAUCUAAGGAGCCCAAAGGUUGCAUCUUCCUUGAUUCAUGCACAGGUGUAGUACAGAAUAACCGCCUGCGGAAACAUGCAUUUGAGCUCAAGAUGAACGAGGUGACAUACUUCGUGCUGGCCGCGGAGAGCGAGCAGGACAUGGAGGAGUGGAUCAGCACGCUGACCCGCAUUUUGCAGAUAAGUCCCCCCGACGGGCCUGCUCCCGAUCGCAAGAGUCUGGAACUCACAGAAAAACAGCAGGACAUAUUUGACCUGUCGCUGAGUGACAGUUGUUUGCAGGAAAAUGAGGAAACUACAGAGAAUGGCAUCCAUCCUGAGCUGGCAAAGUAUAUUACAGAGACCGAUGAGGGAAUUCGCUCUGCCAGAAGAGAAGAGCGGUUGAAUCUCUUUUCUCUUGAUCCCGACACACCUGUUUUGAGGAGCCCACGGACGGAGCAUUCUUUGUCUGAUGGCACACCGGUGCGUCCGUUUGACGAGAAGCUGGGCAGAAGAUUCAUGAUAACUUGCAAAUCCCUGAAUCUGAUGCUACAGGGCUGCGUCACCGAAAGUGAAACUGGGCCAGUCACAAAUAUUGAACCCUUCUUUGUGUCGCUGGCUCUGCUGGAUGUACGAGAAGGGCGAAAGGUUUCUGGAGAUUUCCACGUAGACCUAAAUCACGAAGCUGUGCGCCAGAUGCUCGCAAGCUCCACCAACAGGCCAGCAGGUUCAGGGUCUGGGGUUGGAGCUCAGGAGAACGGUCUGUGCUCUCCUGCUGAGAAGAAACCUGGGGAUUGUCAUCUCAGCCCGGACUUGGAGCAGUGGCUUUGCUUCCCCAAACAGGCCAUCUUUUCAGUUACCAAUCCACACACUGACAUUGUCAUGGUGGCGAGGGUGGAAAAGGUGCUGAUGGGAAACAUUGCGGCUGGGACUGAACCCUACAUAAAAAAUACCGACUCAAGCAAGACUGUGCAGAAGACUUUGAAAUCCAACAAGCAGUUUUGCUGCAAACUAGGGAAGUACCGCAUGCCGUUUGCCUGGUCCGUCAGGCCAGUGUUUAAAGACAGCCAUGGUGGGCUGGACCGCGAGUCUCGUUUCUCGCCUCUUUUCAAACAGGAAAGCAACAAGAUUUCUACAGAUGACCUGUUAAAGUUGGUUACUGAAUACAGGAGAGCUGAGAAAACCAGUAAACUGCAGACAGUGCCUGGGGCCCUGGACAUUGCAAUAGAAAAUGCUCCAAUGGAGCAUCCUAACUGCGUGACCUCCUCAUAUGUUCCGGUGAAGCCUUUCGAAGAGCUGAGCAAACACCAGCCUACUGUUGAGGUGGAGGAGUUUGUACAGGACACCACCAAGUUCACCCAACCACACCGUGUCUACAGAAACCACAUUUACGUCUACCCGAAACACCUUAAGUACGACAGCCAGAAGAGUUUUGCCAAGGCUCGUAACAUCGCCGUCUCCGUAGAGUUCCGCAGCUCAGACGAAGAAGUUGCCAAACCAUUAAAGUGCAUCUAUGGCAAGCCUGGAGGACCGGUGUUCACCACAGCGGCCUGUACCACCGUCCUCCAUCACUCUCAGAACCCUGACUUCUACGACGAGGUGAAGAUUGAGCUUCCUAUUCAACUUCAUGAAAAGCACCAUCUACUCUUCUCUUUUUACCACGUCACAUGUGACAUCAACGCAAAGACGAGCUCGAAACGGAAAGAGGCCUUAGAGACAGCAGUGGGGUAUUCUUGGCUGCCUAUACUUAAAGAAGGCCGAGUGCAAUCUCAAGAGUUCAACAUUCCUGUCUCCUGCAACCUGCCACCUGGAUACCUGGCUAUCAAAGAAGCCAGCAACGCCAAGAAUGGAGCCGACGUGAAAUGGGUGGAUGGAGGAAAAGCGAUCUUCAAAGUGUCCACCAAUGUCAUUUCAACAGUAUACACUCAGGACCCCCACCUGAACCGCUUCUUCCAGCAGUGCCAGAAGAGAGAGCUGGACCUCUCUCAGCCUCCUACCUCCAACUUCCUUAACUGCCUGAAGGGUCUCCUCAGCAUGGAGAGAAUCCCAGUGAUUGUUCGGUUUCUGCCUGUUCUUUUCAACCAGCUGUUCAAGGUUCUGACUCAGAAUGACAACGAUGAGGUCACUACUGUCACCACCAGAGUGUUGGUUCAUGUCGUUGGCAAGUGUCAUGAGGAAAAUCUGGAUCAUUACCUGCAGUCUUAUAUUAAGUAUGUGUUUAAGUCGGAGGAUCAUGGAUUCAGAACAGUUCACGAAGAGCUGGCUAAGGGGAUGACCUUUGAUCUGAAGAGCAAUGAGCAGGCAGCAGUCAGGAAUGUUCUCAGGUUCUCCUGGUUCUUCUUUGACCUCAUUGUCAAGUCCAUGGCCCAUCAUUUGGUUGACUCUGACAAACUCAAGCUCCCGAGGCCCCAACGUUUCCCCUCGUCCUACCUGAGCCGCGUAGAGACACUGGUGGAGACGGUGUCUGAACACAUUUUUUGGAAGUACAAAGAAAUGCCAGAAGAAACCCGCAGUGCCAACUCAGCUGUGGCAUCUUUUGUCAAGCGCUGUUUUACACUGAUGGACAGAGGCUUCACAUUUAAACUGAUAAGCAACUACAUAAAUAUGAUAACCUCUAUGGACAGCAAGGUCCUCUGUGAGCUAAAGUUUGAGUUUCUGAGGGAGGUGUGCAACCAUGAGCACUAUAUCCCUCUCAGUCUGCCCCUCCCUUCUGCUCGCAUCACCGAUCAUACAUCCCCAGAGCUGCAAAGCACUCAUGUUUCAGUGCCUGAGUACAACCUGACCGGAGAGUUCUGCAGGAAGCACUUCCUCACUGGACUGCUGCUUCGAGAACUGGGAUUGGCUCUUCAGGAUGAGCAGGAUCUGAGACAUCUAGCCUUGGCUACUUUGAAGACCUUAAUGGCCAAGCACUCUUUGGAUUCCCGCUAUGCCACCAAGGAGAAGCAGGCGAGGAUCGCAUCCCUCUACCUGCCUCUGUAUGGACUGAUUUUAGACAACAUGCCUCGAUUCUUCCUCAGGGACCUCUUCCCCUUAUACUUCACGUCCAGUGACCAAGGGUCUCGAGAUGACGUAAGCGUGAGUGGAGGAGUGGCAGGAGGGGUGAUUCCCGUGACUCGCCACGGAAACUCUGUGGAUGCCUCCUUUUCCAAAGAAGUCCUCAAUUCGAUUACAGCUUUUUCAUCCUUGGCAGUUGCUACGGGUAACCAGGCUGACUCCCGAGGUUCUCUGAUCAGCGUGGACUCCAACCCUAGCAACAGUGACAGAAACAGUGAAAAGAUGGAUGGAUGUGAGAAGUUUGCCCGUCCCCAGUCUCUUAUUGGUUACGGUUCUCGCUGUGACAAGCUGGAUCAGGCAGAAACCCGAAGUCUUCUCAUGUGCUUUUUACACAUCAUGAAAACCAUAUCUGAAGAUGUGCUCGUGUCUUACUGGCACAGGGCCAUUCACCAGGAGAUCUCAGACUUCUUUAACAUCCUGGAGCUUUGUCUUCAGCACUUCAGGUUCCUGGGAAAGCGCCACAUAGCCAGGAAGCUAGCAGCGGCAGUAAAGCUGGCCCAGGCAACCCAGGCCAAUGGCACCCUGAAGGGCUCUAACAACCCCUCCCAGUCCUCUCAACCCUCAAGCCUCUUCCCACAAUGGAUGGCCUCUGGAGGGGAAGGCCACCGGCACGCUCGCUCCCAAACCAUGCCGAUAAUCAGGAGCAAGAAUGCCCUCAUGAACCCAAAGCUGCUGCAGAUGAUGGAAGCAGAUGGGAGCAUUCAGGACGGUGACACGCUGAGUCCCACAGACAUCGAGGCUAACCUGUCCACAGAGGUGGCUCUCACCGUGCUGGAUGUGCUGGAGCUCUUUGUUCACCAUCAUAAGAAGCAGUUGCUGCUGGAUGAAGGGCAGAACACACUGAUGAAGAAGGUGCUGGACACCUACUUGCUCUUCUUUCACAUCAACCAGUCAACUGCGACCCUGCGCCAUGUCUUUGCUGCACUCAGGCUCUUUGUGCAAAAGUUCCCCAGUGCAUUCUUCCAGGGUAAGGCAGACCUGUGUGGCUGUCUGUGCUACGAGAUCCUCAAGUGCUGUAACCAUCGCUCCAGCUCCACCCAAACGGAGGCAGCUGCACUGCUCUAUUUCUUCAUGAGGCAAAACUUUGAGUUUACAAAAGGCAAAUCCAUUGUUCGCUCACAUCUGCAGGUUAUCAAAGCAGUGAGCCAGCUGAUCGCAGAUGCUGGAAUCGGAGGCUCGAGGUUUCAACAGUCCUUGGCCAUCAUUAACAACUUUGCCAACGGAGAUGUGCCACUCAAGAACACAUCAUUCCCUGCUGAGGUGAAGGACUUGACUAAACGGAUCAGGACAGUCCUGAUGGCCACGGCCCAAAUGAAAGAGCACGAGAAAGAUCCAGAAAUGUUGGUGGACCUGCAGUACAGUCUGGCGAACUCCUACGCCAGUACGCCUGAGCUGCGACGCACCUGGCUGGAGAGCAUGGCCAAGGUUCACGUCCGCAACGGGGAUUUGUCCGAGGCUGCUAUGUGCUACAUCCACAUCUCCGCCCUGAUUGCUGAAUCGCUGAAGAGGAGAGGCUACUGGAGAGCUGACAAACCCGGGAUGUCCAGUGUGUCCUCUGAAGAAAGUCCUGUCUUUAACUGUAGCUCCUUACUAACUUCCUCCCGAGAUCAAGACACAUCAUUCUCCAUGGGCUGGGCGGCAUUUAUGUGCAUUAGCCCCAAUGUUAAGGAGGAAGGUGCCAUGAAGGAAGACACUGGUACACAAGAUACACCAUACACUGAGGACACUUUGGUGGAGCAGCUGGAGCUGUGUGUGGACUAUCUGUGGAAAUCCGAGCGAUAUGAGCUUAUUGCAGACAUUAACAAACCUGUGAUUGCUGUCUUUGAGAAGAGGAGAGACUUUAAGAGGCUGUCUGAGCUCUACUAUGACAUCCAUCGCUCGUAUCUGAAGGUGACGGAGGUAGUGAACUCAGAAAAACGGCUCUUUGGACGCUAUUACCGUGUGGCUUUUUAUGGACAAGGCUUCUUUGAGGAGGAAGAGAGCAAGGAGUUUAUCUAUAAAGAGCCGAAGCUGACGGGCUUGUCAGAAAUCUCCCAGAGAUUGCUCAAACUCUACUCUGACAAGUUUGGUGCUGAUAAUGUCAAGAUGAUCCAGGAUUCCAACAAGGUAAAUCCUAAAGACCUGGACCCCAAGUACGCCUACAUUCAGGUGACAUACGUAGUGCCCCACUUUGACGAGAAAGAGCAGCAAGACAAAAGGACGGAUUUCGAGCGACAUCACAACAUCAACCGCUUUGUGUUUGAGACGCCCUUCACUCUGUCAGGAAAGAAACACGGCGACGUGGAGGAGCAAUGCAAAAGACGCACCAUUCUGACCACAAGUUCCAGCUUUCCCUAUCUGAAGAAGCGUAUCCAGGUGGUGGAGCAGCAAAGCACAGAGAUGAAUCCAAUCGAAGUUGCCAUAGAUGAGAUGUCACGUAAAGUCUCUGAGCUCAACCAGCUCUGCAACAUGGAGGAGGUGGACAUGAUCCGUCUGCAGCUAAAACUCCAGGGCAGCGUCAGUGUCAAGGUUAAUGCAGGACCCAUGGCUUAUGCCAGAGCAUUUUUGGAAGAGAAGAAUGCAAAGAAAUAUCCUGACAACCAGGUCAAACUUUUAAAGGAGAUCUUCAGGCAGUUUGCAGAAGCCUGCGGUCAGGCUUUGGACGUGAAUGAGCGGCUCAUCAAGGAGGACCAGCUGGAGUACCAGGAGGAGAUGAGGGCUCACUACCGUGACAUGCUUAUCGAGCUGUCCGGCAUCAUGAAUGAACAGAUUCCUCACACAAGGCAACCAGGAACGGAGCGGCACAGCACCUACUGAAUGAACAGCCUGUAGAAUCAGAAAUUCCUUGUGCCAGUCCUAUGCCUCAGCGUUACUCAUCUGAUUGUUUUUGAUUGUAAACUUGUUUUUCUGCUGCAUAGAACAGCAGAUUAGUGGAACUGUGACUGGAGUUUUUUUUAGAGAAAAGAAAAGAGAAGAAGUGUGUAGACCGUGGUUGUGGUAGUCUCUAGUCCCACUGUUGAGUUUAGACUGUCUACAAAAGAGGCCAGGCUCCUGGGCUGACAGCUACUAUUUGUUUUGGUUUGGUACAGAUCCUCCGGCCCAGCCAGUUGAUUCAUUAUAAACUGACAAGCAUACAGCUUAUUUGCUCACACACACAUGCACCUUUCCUCCAAAACUCCCUUACCUUUUAGAGUACAGUGACCUCACUGAGCUGGAGGUGCGUUUCGGGUGCAUUUCGUAUGCACGGUUUUUAUAUUUUUUUUCUCUACCUAUGGAAUCCCAAUAUAUUUCAAACUAUCUAAAGGUGACUAAUGUGAAAAAUAAAAAAAGGGAUUUGACCACAGGUCUUAAGAAUCUGAGGUAGCAAACUGACCUCCAGUUACUGUCUGAAUGUAGAGCAGCUCCACAUCGCUACUUUGUAUCCUUUAAACAUCCUGAACCGAUAUCGCCGUGCCAAUUUUCAAAAAAGAAAACAAACAAAAAAAAUGUUUUGUAACAUUUUUAUAACUGAAAUGCCAUUGUUACAGUUAUUCAUGUUUUUGAAUUGUAAAUAAGAAGUAUUGCUAUUUAAAAAAAAAA